AACUAUAUAAUGCCCUAAAUAACACUUUUGAAGCCGAUGUUAAACGGUCACGAAGAGAUUAAAUAAUUUUCAUUAUAUUUUCGAUAUUAGGAAAAUUUAUAUGCAAACUGUAAAAAUCCCUGAUUUACGGAGCAAUAAGUUUAGCAGUCGGAUCUUCUAAGCAAUUAUCAACUCUAUUUUAAGAAAGAUUUGCGUUUCAUUUUCAAAAUUAAUGGUGAAAGUUUUGCGUAUCUAACGAAAAUCUUAUUUAAAUCGUUUUUCAUUUAUUCCGAAAAAGUAAAUCAAUCCGAAAAGUCACGCAAGAAAACAGCGUUAGUAGCCUAUGCUUAGUCUACAACUCCUAAAAAAGCUGAACCGAAUUAUGAAUGUUUUUCACAUGCAAAUUAGAUCUUACGAGACAGCAGUAGGCCUACUUGAAUGUUUUUCACAUGCAAACUAAUAAGAAGGAUCUUGUGAAAGAACCUUAAUUUGUAUGGUUCCCAUGCAAAAUAAUAAUAAAGCCGCCCCCACUUGCGAUUUUAAACAACAACACCCGUCAGUCAUCUUAGCGUCCGCCAAUCGCGUAACAGAAAACCCUCCGUUUGCACGAAAAAGAGAUAUUGAUUUUCACACAUGACGGACCUCGCGGGAGAAGCCCAAUGAUUCUCACCUGUUUAUACCUUGGCUUUGAUUUGUUUUGUUUAUGAUUUAUACAUGUACCUACGUCACAAUUUUAGAGCAAUAUUCUCAUUGUGCGUUUCAUAUCAAUCUUUUUUCAAAUUAAUUUCAGACCUAAAUUCAUAUUAGCAUCUGAAAAGACUGCUGAGUGAGAAUCGAUGGCGCAGAGGCCCGCCUGACAGGACAAUAACCCACAAAGACGCGGCCUCGGAGCGGUUUUUUGGGGAACGUGGACCGCCACAGCGAUGCCCCUGCUGGGAAGGAACCAGCCCCAGAAUUUUGCCGAGCGGGCCUGAGGUGCGGCCUGCCCUCCCAUGAGGCCCUCACGAGAGUCCCGCCAGUCUGCUCUGAAUGGGGCCUCGGAUAUAUGAAUUGACAUGGAGGAUGAAGAUGGCACUUGUUUACUCGAUGUGUUGUGUGACCCCCAAGCCCUGAACGACUUCCUUCAUGGAACCAAUGAGCUGGAGAAUGAAGAUCUGCUCAUCUCCUCCUCCUCCGGGGAGCCGUCCCUCUUCGCCGACGCCCCGAGCCCCGCCUCCCUCCUGGCGGACAACACCCCCUCGCAGGACACCCCGCCUCCGGGCUGCGUGGACCUGUCCUUCCUGGAGGAGGCGCUGCUGGGCUCCCCCGAGGGCGGAGGAGGGGCCCCGGAGGUGGGGCAGGGCGGGUCGGUGGGGGCGGGGCCGGGGGAGGUGGAGGAGGAGGAGGCCUGCGACAUCCUGCAGCAGAGCCUGCAGGAGGCCGACAUCACCGAGCAGACGCUGGUCCUGGAGGCGGGGCUGGCUCCGCCCGGCGAGGCCCUGUCGCUCUACCCGCCCGGCGCCGUGCUCGCCCCGGCCGCCUCCCACUUCCUGUCCAAGCCGCUGAGCCUCCCCCCCUUGCCGGCCAUGCCCCGGGACACCCAGGCGGCGGUGGAGCCCCCGCAGCCCUCCCUGCUGGCCGUGGGGCCGGGCUGCCCCUCCCUGAAACCGGCCGCCCCGCAGAUGAUGGGCCUCCUCCCCGGGACCGUGUUCCCCGCGCCGCCGCCGGACGCCUCCUUCUCCCUCAGCCCCGCCCAGGGUUCCGGAAUGCUCAUUCAGAAGGCCCUGCCCAGCCUGACGGGGCGCCCCCUGCUGGCGCCCACGCUGAGGGCCACGGCCGCCCACGGCAUCCUGCUGCCCCGGGGGCCCCUGCCCAUCCAGCCCAAGCUGCCGAUCAGCAUCCAGCCCCGCCUGGUGCAGAUCAGCCCCAAGCCCCCCGGCCAGAAGACGUCGCCGGGCCUCGCGUUCGUGCCGGGGGCGGCGGCGUCGCCCAACAUCCUGCUGUCCCCGAGCCUGGGCCCCAAGCAGCAGCCUCCGGCCCCCGGCCUGGGCAAGCAGGUCAGCCUGCAGCUGGUCAACCAGGGCGGCUCCAUCGUCAUCCAGCCCCCAGGGCUCCUGCAGGGGCCCAACCAGUUCCUGCUGCCCGGCCAGACGCCCGUGAGCGUGUCCCAGCCGGGGGGCGCCGCCCGGCCCCUGCUGACCGCCAGCAGCCCCCAGGGCCCCUCGCUGCGGGGCGGGGCUCCGUCCCCGGGGCAGCUGGUGGACGGGGCGCAGAUCCUGACCGCCUCGUCCCGGCAGCUCAACUUCAGCCCCGUGUUCACCACCCCUGCGGGGCAGCUGGCCGUGCGGCAGGGCGCCCUGCUGUCGGGACCCCUGCAGCUGCAGUCCGCGCCCCCGACCGUCUUCCAGAUGCCGCUGGCGGGGGCCUACCCGCCCCAGGGGCAGGGGCAGGGGCAGCGGGGCACCCUGCUCCACGGCACUGCCCUGGGGAGCCAGAUCACCCUGAUCAACAGCCCCGCCAUGCUGGCGCCGGACAUGGCCUCCAUCUCCAUCGUCAACGGGCCGUCGGUGGUCCAGGGGCUGCCCUUCGCCCCCCAGGCCCAGCAGGACAAGCAGCUGAACCUGCCCCAAACCUCAGUGCUGCUGCUGCCGGACAGGCCGGGCCCAGAGGACAGGGGGCCCGGAGAGGAGCCCUUCCUCCACCUUCCACAGCCAAACCAGCAGCACCUCCUCCAGCACAACCCCCAGCCGGCCCCCACCGAGCUCCAGAUGCCCCCUCCGGUGGUGACCCUGCUGCAGCCGCUCCCCGAGCCGCCUCUGCAGCACGACCCCGCCUCCGCCGCCGCCGCCGCCCUAGCCAAACAUCUGAUACCCCCGACGGAGGAGCAGCAGGUGCAGAAGGAGGUCCCCAAUCUGCUCCCGCAGAAACAGAGCCUCCUGCAGCAAAUGCACCAGCAGGCCCUUGAGCUUCCCUCUCCCCCAACCGAAAGCUUGCCAGGGACACUGCCGGCGCAAAUGUCCCCGCCGUCCUCCCCUCCAGCUCCAGCUCUAGCUCUAGCCAAUCAGAGGGAAGACGCCGCCCCUUUGCUCCCUGCGAUUGGCCAGACGGUCGCCUUGGCCGUGACACCGAGCCCCACCGUGGUGACCACUCCCACCCACCCAGGGGCAGAGCAGGCCGGGACUCUGAUUGGGCAGAACACGCUGGGCCCACAGCUUCCCCCCGUCAGCUUCCCCUCCCCUCCCAGCGGGCAGACGGGGACCCUGCAGAGGGCCGGACACGCCAAGGUGGGGGCCCAGGUGCGAGCCGGGGGCCCGGGAGGGUUGGCCGCCUCCCCCCUGCCCGCGGGACACUCUGCACUCCAGCUGCAGCCUGUUCCUCUGCCCGUGCCCGUGCCCAUGCCCGUGGGCCCCCGGGUGCAGACCGAAAUGCCCGUCCAGGCCCCCGUCCUGCAGCACACUCAAGAGCUAGCAGCAGGUUUGGCUGUGGACGGUAGCCUGUUCGCUCCAGCGCCGCACGUUCUCAGGCAGCCAGCGCCAGAGGCUCCGGUCCAGGCGGCAGCUCAGCCGCGGACGCAGGUAACAGCUUGUGUGGAAACAGAGAGGGAGGAGAGACUCACGCUGGCAAUGCGCAGACACAGGGUCCAGCAGCAGCUGUGCCAGGACCACGGUGUGGUUCUGAACCCCGACACCCUCUCCCCGUUCCUGUCCCUGGAGGACGCUGUGAGCCGCCUGCUCCCGUACCACACCUGUGCUGGACACCUGCCCGGCCAGGCCGGCUUCCUCACAGUGGACCAGCAGUUUGAUGCAGUGUCUGGGAUUCUGCUGAAGCGCACCAAGGACAUGCUCAACAAGUACCGGCAGCUACUUCUGGGAGAGGCACAGCAGGUGAGCCCGUCGGCAGAGAUGGUGAUGCUGGAGCGGCUGUUCCUGCAGGCGGAGAGGGGGGUUCUGGGGGAGGAGAGGCGCAAGGCCCGGCUGGACCCAGACUCCUUCCUGUUAUCUCUACGCAAGCCGGCAUCCGGCCCGAACAACGCGGCCCCCUCCGCCCCGUCCUCUUUCCUGCAGGCUGGCAGCCCCCCCUCCUCCCCGUCCUGGGCUCUGCUCUCCAACCGGCCCCCGGGGCUGAAGACGUACCGCUCCAGCAGCCGGGGGGCGCUCAAACUCACCAUAAAGCACGAGUCGGGGUCACGGAAGGUGGUGCACAACUCGGCCUGCGACUCCGCCCCCUCCGCCCCCUCCGUCCACGGGCAGGACUGCGCAGGGCAGCUGACGAACGGGGGCGGGGCGCUGAGCGGGCGGGGCUCGGAGUUGGGAUGGGACGCGCCCCGACCCCCCCAAACCGGACACCCGCAGCCUCCCGCGUGCCCGCCGCCCCCGACGACGGUCGAGGAGGCCCAGCACCCCAAAAACAGCACAGCGGUCGCGGAGGCGCCGACAGCAGCUAAUUCACGGACCCCCCCAGACUCGCUGAUCGCGGCAGAGCCGCAGACUGCCACUGCUCCUGAGCCGCCCCCCGCCCCGGACCCUGUCCUGUGCCCCCCCGAGCCCAAACGAGCGCGGCCGGACCCCUGCCCGGGGCCUCCGAGCCCGCUGCCCCUCCCAGAGGACAGCACCCUCAGCGAGCACCUGCAGAGCGCCAUCGACAGCAUCCUGGAGCUGCAGCGCCUGCAGGGGCCUCCAGCCCUGCAAGCACGCCCCCCUCAGGACAGGAGGGGAACUUCUGUGCUGGAGCAAGCCGUCAGCAGCAUCCUGGAGGGGCACCUGUAGGAAGAAUGUAGGGGGGGGAGGGUUGUGUGGUUGGUAGACUAACAGGAAGUGAGGAACAGGAAACAGGAAGGGAGGAACAGGAAGUGGCAUCAGGGGAAAAAAUUACAAUUAUCAAAUUUUCAAAAGAUCCACACUGAAACGUAAAUACAACAUUGCAACUGUAAAAUGUCAGGUGUAUGAGGUAAACCAUGGUGUACCUGUGAAACAUUCAUAUCACACGCAUUGACAUAAAAACACCAAAAUCACAUUUACUGUAGAAAAAAAAUUGGAACGGAAUUGACCGAUUCUUAACAAUCACCUUUUGUUUUAAAUUUAGUCCCUAUGUAAAUUGUGUACAUUUUCAUUUGCUUAGUAUUAAGUGGGAGGAGCCAGUAGUGUGUUUUAAUAAUUUGUGCCAGCGGGGGACGGGAGGGGGCUAUAGUCCAGCUGAUGUACAGAGGCGUGUGUGGUGGUUCUGGAACAUCGUUCCCUCAGCCCAGUGGAAUGGUUCUGGAACUUCGUUCUCACAGUCCAAUGGAAGGAAUGGUUCUGGAACUUCGUUCUCUCAGCCCAAUGGAAUGGAGCUAGGUCUUCUGAGGUAGAACACUCAGAACACUGCUGCGGGCCACUAGGGAUGGGUCCUGUUCCAUUAGCCUUUACUGUGUGUGUGCAGGGAGUGUGUGUUGUGUGUGAAAAAGGGUUAUCAGUAGUGUUGGUGUGUAAUGAGAAAAUGCAAGAUUAUUAACCAUGUAGCAAACAGAACACAGCUAAGGGGGGGGGGGGGGGUCAUUACCCCUAAAAGUUUCCUGUUUCCAGCUUUCAGCUUUUGAAGUCAUGUGGCUAUAGUUGCGCAACCUUGUUUCGUCCUGAUUACACCAGCAAACAUCAGCGUAGAGUCUGCUGAACUUUAAACGUUUUUUUUUUUUUUGUUUUCAUUAAUGGCAACAAA